CCAUCGCUCCAUCCCACCCUCCCUCCAUCCCUCCAUCCCACCCUCCCUCCAUCCCUCCAUCCCAGCGUGGCGCGGGUGGCUGGCGGGGGGCCGGCUGCCGCCCCUCGCGCCGGGGCUGUGUCGCUCGCAGGGGGUGUGAGCAAAGCGAGCGUGCGAGAGCAUCGCCGGGCCGGGAGCACCGCACAUCGCCCCAGCCAUGCGAGACGGCGCAGCUGGCCCCGUGGCCCCCCCGGUAGCCGGCCCCCGCCGCCGAGCUGCCCCACUCCAGGGGCAAAACCAGUGAAGGCGACGGUGAGCCCAUGGCUGUGCCGGCCGCCGGCUGAGAGCCCGAAGCCAGACCCGGACCAUGGUGGAGGAGAGCAUGGGCGGAGGGGAGCGGGGGUCCCGGCGGGUGCUGCGGGGUCCCCCCCGGCCCCCCUCGGCCCCCAGCCCGGUGGCGGUGGUGAGGAAGGGGCUGUGGAGCGUGGAGCGAGCCGGUAAGGGCUGGCGCCUGGAGCGCGCCGUCGGGGUGGACUGCAGCUCGCCCGAGCCCCGCUGCAUCUGGCUGAGCAGCCUGCGCCGGUACGCCGCAGCCCCCCCGGAGCACCGCUGGCCCCCGGCCCCCCGGCACGGCCGCGCACCCCACCGCACCGAGAAAUGCCGCCGGCCAACGCCGGGCCGGAGAGAUGGGGCGUCCCCGAAUGCCAACGCGCCCCCGGAGGGGCCCUUCCCCUGGGUGGGCCCGAAGACGGUGGUGCUGCGGAAGAGCUCGCAGGGGGGGUUCGGCUUCACCCUCCGCCACUUCAUCGUCUACCCCCCGGAGUCGGCAGUGCAUUCCACCACCAAGGAGGAGGAGAACGGGAACCGAGCAGGUCCCCCCCGGAGCCGCCUGGAGCCCAUGGACACCAUCUUCGUGAAGAACGUGCGGGAGGACGGGCCGGCACACCAGGCUGGGCUGCACACUGGGGACCGUCUGGUCAAGGUGAACGGGGAGAGCAUCAUCGGGAAAACCUACUCGCAGGUCAUCGCGCUGAUCCAGAACAGUGAUGAUGUGCUGGAGCUCUCCAUCAUGCCCAAGGACGAGGACAUCCUCCAGCUGGCGUAUUCGCAGGAUGCCUACCUGAAGGGCAACGAGCCGUACUCUGGCGGGGCGCAGAGCAUCCCCGAGCCCCCUCCCAUCUGCUACCCGCGGAAGACCUACCCCUUCCAGUCACGGGGCGCCGAGCCCCCCCCGGGCCAGAUGCCGGACACCCGGGCCCCCCGCCCCGCCGCCGCGGGCCCCUCGUCCCCGCUCGGCACGGCCACGCUCGCCAGCACCCGCGGCGAGGCGGGUGGCAGCCCCGCGCACCGCCCCGACGAGCCGCAACCUGGGGGUCCCCCUCCGCGCCCCACCGCACCCCACGGGCACCCCGGCUCCUUCUCCCGCACCGGCUGCCCCAGCAACGUCGCAUCCUCUCUGCCCGACCGCUACGGGGUGUCCCCCGCCACCUCCUCCUGCUACGGGGUCCCCAAGCAUCUCCCGGAGCACCGGACUCACUGCGGCUUCAAGGAGGGCGUCGGGGGGCUGUCGGGGGCCGGGCGGCCCCCCCGGGAGGCGUCGGGCAGCCAGCGGGCGCCCGGCCGGCAGGAGUGCCAGCAGGCUCUUUCCCGCUGGUUUUGCAGCCAGGAGCCGCGGCGCAGCGCCUCGGAGGAGCGGCGGCACGCCAUGCCCCCCCGCUACCGCAGCGUGUCCCAGGACCGGCUGGGAGGGGGCUCGUCGGCGGCCCCCCGGGGCUGGCCGCACAGCGCCUCGCACGACACCCUGGUGCAGCCCCCCCGCGAGAGCUGGGCCCCCCGCGCCCGCUCCGACCACUACCUGGGCAGGUACGGGCGCUCCAUGGAGGCACUGGAGCCCAGCGCCCUGCUCUCCCCGCGCCUCGACCGCUCCGCCUGGCCACCCGAGAGGCUCUGCCGGGCCACCGUCACCGCCGCCGGGCAGCCCGUCCCGCACAGCUCCUUCGCACCUUCCUCCUCCUCCUCCUCCUCCUCCUCGCGGGAGCCAGCGCCAGUGCAGAAGCACCCGUCGCAGCCCAACCUGCAGAGCGCGGACGAUUCAGGCUACAUCGGCUACCGGAGCUACAGCCCGUCCUUCCAGCGUCGCACGGGGCUGCUGCAUGCCCUCUCCUUCCGUGACCCCGCUUUCGGUGGCCUGCCCACCUUCAGCAUCUCGCAGCGGCCGGCCGGCCCGCUCCCGGAGAGGGUGGUCACCGCCAUCCCGCCACCCACCGGUCCCCAGCCGAUCCCUGCCGCACCCCGGGAGCAGCGGCCGGAGAGCAGCCGGGUGCCCGAGCAGCCGGAGGAGCGGAGGGAAGAGGUGGUUUUGCGGCAGAAGCCGCCCACGGGACGCAAGAUGCCACCCCCCAUGCGGCAGAUGAACUUUGUCUUCCCCGAGGGGGUGAAGGAGACGGACAUUUGUGACCCCCCGCCGGCCAGCGGCAAAGGGGAGAGGCUGGUGGCCGAGCGGCAAGGCCGGCGCGUGGCUCCCUUGGCGGCCCCCGAGGACUCACUGGCGUCCAUCCCCUUCAUCGACGAACCCACCAGCCCCAGCAUCGACCUGAAGGCCAAGCACGUCCCCGCCUCCUCCGUGGUCUCCAGCGCCAUGAACUCGGCGCCCGCCGUCGCCACCAGCCCCUCCUCGCCCACCUUCGCCUUCGCCCUCAGCCGGCACUACUCCCAAGACUGCAGCAGCAUCAAGGCCGGCCGCCGCUCGUCCUACCUCCUGGCCAUCACCACCGAGCGCUCCAAGUCCUGCGAUGAUGGUCUGAACGCGUUUCGGGAUGAGGGGAAGAUCCUAAGGAGGAUGCCCAGCCGGGUCCCCAGCCUCCGCAUGCUGAGGAGCUUCUUCACCGACGGGUCUCUGGACAGCCUCGGCACGUCCGAAGACGCCCGCUCCAAAAGGCACUCAACCUCCGACCUCUCGGACGUCCCGUUCAGCGCCGUGAGGAAGGAGGGCUGGCUCCACUGCAAGCAGAUCCUCACCAAAAAGGGGAAGAAGGUCGGUGGAGGCAUCCGGCAGUGGAAGCGCGUCUUCGCCGUGCUGCGCACCCACUCGCUGUACCUGUGCAAGGACAGGCGGGAGGCGGUGACCUGCGCCCCGGCCCCAGGCAGAGGAUCGGGAAGACAUGCUGGCCUGGAUCAAAGUCAUCAGGGAGAACAGCAAGGCCGAGGGCGAGGUGAGAGCCACAUGGGGCUCCCGGCUGCCUCUGGCUCUCCCGGCACUAACCGCCUCGGCUCUCUCCGGCUCUUUGCCUUGUGCUGCUUCCCCAGGCCACGGCCGGCCCCUGCGUGGCCGGCCGGUGUGGGACUCGCCGGUCCCGUGCCGUGCUCCCAGGAGCGCACGGGGGCUCGCGGGCACCGCGGCGUCCAAGAAGAGCGUGGCAGGGUGCGCGGGUCGCUCGGCGGCAUGGCUCUCCGUGCGCUGCCGGGCAGGGUUGGCACCGGAUGUGCCGGAUCGGCAUUUGGUCGUGCGACAGGAGAGGAGUGUGCGUGGCUCUGCCGCGGUGUGUUGUGUCUCCUUCGGCGGAGAGAGAGACCUGGCAGGGAGCUGCUGGGCACGGUGCCCGCGCGGCGAUGCCGGGGCUGGUGCCGGGUCGGGGCUGAGCCCUGGUCUGUGCGAUGGGUCGCUCGGGUCGGAAAUGGGGAGAGCUGCUCCCCGGGUGCCGCGGGCUCCGGCGGCGGAUCCGCAGGGCUGGAUGUGCCGGCGCUGGGCUGGCUGCGUGCCGUCUCCCCGCGGUGCCUCAGUUGGUCGCAGCGAUUCUGCCAGGCUUGUGGCGGGCUCCGGCCCUGGAGGGUGCGUUGGGCUCGGAGCGGUCUCUGGUUCUCUGUGGCACAGCCCCGCUCCGCAGGGCGCAGGGGGCUCGGCAGGGCUGGUGGCACCGGCACAGGGAAGGUGCUGCCGGGUCGGAGCGCGCGGAGCCGUCUGGGCACCAUCCGGGGCUGCGGUGCCGCCGGGCGUGCAGCAUCCCGCAGGGAUGGGUGCGUGUCUUUGGAUGCUGCGUGGUGCAGCGGGUGCGCCUGGCGCGGGCAGACGGAGGUGUGCGUCCUGCCAAGGGACAUCGCUGUCCCCGAGCCUCUGCGGCCGGUUCGGACCCCGCAUGCCGCCCCGUGCUGCGGCAAGGAGCGCCGGAGACCGCAGCGGGGCGGCGAGCGCCGGCUGUUUCGGGGCUGUGGGGGCCCGGUCCUGCCAUCGCCUGCUCCUGCCUGGCCCCGCGCGGUGCCCGGCAGAGCGUGGACUUGCCUGGGGCCUCCGGCGGACGCGCUGCUCAAGCUCUCCCUUCCCCUCUUCUCUCUGCCUCCCCAGGACCCCGGUUUUGCCAGCCAAGCGCUUAUCAACAAGAAGUUAAACGACUACCGGAAAGUGAGCCCCGCGGGCGCCAAGCCCGAUUCCUCGCCCAAGGGCUCUCGCGGGCUGGGGAUCCGAGCCGAGUUCCUGAAGCAGACGGGAACCAGCGCGCCCCGGUCCCCCAGGCAGGAUGCGGCUGUCACGAAAGAUGAGAGCAGCUCCCAAAAAGCCCCGUGGGGCAUCAACCUCAUGAAGAAGAACAAGAAAUCUGUCCCCCGCGCCUUCGGCGUGAGGCUGGAGGACUGCCAGCCUGCCCCGGACAACAAGAACGUCCCCCUGAUCGUCGAAGCUUGCUGCAAGGUGGUGGAGGACCGAGGGCUGGAGUACAUGGGCAUCUACCGCGUGCCCGGGAACAACGCGGUGGUGUCCAGCCUGCAGGAGCAGCUCAACAAGGGAGCCACCGAGAUCAACCUGCAGGACGAGCGGUGGCAGGAUCUGAACGUCAUUAGCAGCCUCUUGAAAUCCUUCUUCCGAAAGCUGCCCGAGCCCCUCUUCACUGACGAUAAGUACAAUGACUUUAUCGAGGCCAACCGGAUAGAGGACGCCAGCGAGAGGAUGAGGACGCUGCGGAAGCUGAUCCGGGACCUGCCAGGUCACUACUAUGAGACACUCAAGUUCCUGGUGGGUCACUUGAAGACCAUCGCUGACCACUCAGAGAAGAACAAGAUGGAGCCCCGAAACCUGGCCCUGGUGUUCGGCCCCACGCUGGUGCGAACGUCUGAGGACAACAUGACCGACAUGGUGACGCACAUGCCCGACCGCUACAAAAUCGUGGAGACCCUCAUCCAGCACUCGGACUGGUUCUUCAGCGACAAGGAGGACAAGGGCGAGAAGACCCCCGUGGAUGAGAAGGAAGCUCAGUCCGUGCCCAACAUCGAGUACCUGCUGCCCAACAUCGGCAGGACCGCGGCGCCUGGCGAUGCCGCAGGCUCAACCCGCAGCGGCUCUGCCAAACCCAAGGGCACGUGGCCGUCGCGGAAGGCGCCGCCGCACCGGGAGCUCCUCGCCAUCCCCUUCGUCUCGGCCGCCGCCCGCAAGAGGAAGAAGAAGAGAGAGGCCGAGGGCGUCGGGAGCAGCACCGACGACGACGCGGAGCGCAGGGACACCCCGGGCCGGGAGCAGGAGGACGAGGGGACCGCGGCCACCCUGCCAGCACCCGGCAAAGCCCCCCGCGGCACCGGCGGCGAGCCGGCGGUCCCCAGCCCAGCCGGGAUGGAGCGGGAGAGCUCCCUGGAGCCCGGGGGUGCCGGGUCCGAUCCGGCGCCGGAUGCCCGCUCCAUCGUGUCGGGCUAUUCCACCCUGUCCACCAUGGACCGCAGCCUGUGCUCCGAGGUGCAGUCGGUGGCCGGGAGCCGCGGGGAGGAGGCGGAUGACGAGCGGAGCGAGCUCAGCCACAUGGAGACGGACACGGAGAGCCGGGAGGGAGCCCGGCCCCGGAUGGGACAGGUGGCCGGAGGGACCGGGGACGAGGACAAGGGGCUGCCCGGCCGUCCCUCCUUCAACUCCCACCGGCUGAUCCAGUGCGACACGUUGGCCCGCAGGAAGCUGGGGCGGCCGCGGCCGGCGGGCGAGACCCCGGCGCCCGGCGGGGAGGAGCAGGGCUGGGUGCCCCCCGGGCGCCCCUCGCUGCGGGAGCAGCUCCGGCAGCGCCUGCGAGUCUCUGCCGACGACAUGGGGGUCCGCCUGCGCCGAGCCCACUCCCCCGAGACCCGCCGCAAGAAGAGCAGCUGGCGCCGGCACACCGUGGUGGUGCCCGGUGGCCUCAAGGACCUCAACUUCAACGAGUGGAAGGAGCCGCGGGGGCUGGAGGUGGCCCCGGGACCCUGCCGUGACAAGGACUCGGGGCUCAGCAGCCUGGAGUCCACCAAAGCCCGGCCAGCGGCCACCGCCGCGGCACAGCCCGGCACUGCCGGAGAGCGGCCGGCCACCAAGAGCCCCCCCAGCAGCCCUGGCCCCCCGGCCCCCCUGCGCUUCCCCCAAUGUCUCUGACCUCCCGAGACGUCCCCCCGCCCCGACUCCAGCCAGUGUUUAAUUUAAGGACUCGCCUUCGUUCUUGUAUUUAAUUGUGCUCUGGACAAGCUGCUGUUAUUUAACGAGUCUCCGCGCUGGGACAAAGCCACCUUGUCCCCCCCGCCCUGUGCUUUGGGGACCGGCAGGGUCCCGUGUCACAGCCCACCCCCAUCCUCAGGUCCCCCGGCCCCCGGGCAGUGCCAGGAGGGUUGGAGGGGACUCCUGGGGACAGUCCCCACCCCAGGCGGUGGUGGCCCUGCUGUCCCCGGCCGCGGCGCUGCGAAGUGCGGGCGCUUCCCUGGGUGCUGCGGCUGCCCUUGACGGACGCCCCCCCACCCUCCCCUACCUCCCGGCGGGGACCCUGGGGACCCUUGGGGACCUUGGUGCCAUCGCGCUGACCUGGGUGUGCCGCGGGGUCUGGGCUCUGCGCCGGGGCGGCCUUUGGCGCGAGGGGAUGGGACCCCCCCCCCGGGAUGGGUGUUUGCACGGGAGCGGGUGUGACGAGGCGGGGGGGACACUGCUGUCCCCUGCACUGCCACCAGCUGUGGCCACCAUCAGCUCCCGGCACGGCACGGCACGGCAUGGCCCCCUCCCCAGCCCCGCUCCCCUCCGUACCCCCCCGGCCAGAAGCACUUUAGGAAGGGGGUGCGGGGGCUGUCGGGGUGGGGGGGACACACGGCUGGGGUGGGGGGGGCACAGGGACUCCCAGCCUUGGGGCGCUGGCACACAUGGGCCAUGGGCUCUGGUGGCCGCUGCCGGGGCCACGGUGUGGGGGGGGGAUGCGUGUGUGUGUGUGUGUGUGUGUGUGUGUGUCAAGUCCCGUCACUGUUUCGCCGCGUCGUUCUCAUCCGUUAUGCAAAUAUUCGCUGUAAAGUUGGGUUUGUUUUUUUUUCUUUUCUCCCUCUUUUUUUUUCUUUUUUUUUUUUGUAAAUAUUGUCUCUGACUGUGUAACAUAUUACAAAGGAUUUAUAAGGAUUUUUUUAAAGAAGUUUUGCUCGGCGGGAAGGCCGGCCCCCACCCAAGGGACGCGCUGGACCAGUGAUGACUUUUUAAACCCUCCUGCAUGUGGCCCUCCCCGCCCCCCACCUUCCCCCCCCCCCCGCCCCCCUGGCGUGUUGUACGAGUGGGCCGCCGAGUUGGUAUAUGCAAAACUGCAAAAAAAAAAACAAAAAAAAAACAAAAAACAAAAACCAACCCAACCGGACCCCAAAAAAACCCACCCGGCUUCGGACACUGCCCCCCCCCCCCCCGGCCCCCUCCCCUUCCAGUCCCGGUCUAUAUAUUGGAAAUAAACUGGUUAUUCGAGGAGGUGGUUUCCUGCUGUUAUUGCUUCCCCUGCUUGGGGGGGGGAGAGUGUGUCGUCAAUAUAUGGGCCCCCCCCACCCCACCCAAUUCCCUGUGGGCAGGGUCUGGAGCACCAUCAGCAUCCAGGGAAGGAUUAUCCCAUUUUUCUAUGAAUCCAGGGGGAAGGAGUUGGGCACCCCCCCCCGCCCCCAGCACCCCCUGCCCCAUCCCCGGGGGGAUGUGGGACCGGGGAUGUCCCACCCCCCAUCGCAGCAACGCGGCAAGAGACAAACCUGGGGAGGGAAAAAAAGGUGCCAGAGAGGAGGGAAAAAAAAAAAAAAAAAAAAAAAAAAAGUACUUUUAUUAAAGCCAGACACUCUGAUAGAAAAGAAAAGUAGUAAAGGGAAAAGAAAAAUAAAAAGCAACCCUUUCGUCAUCGGAGUUUGCGAGUUACAAUGGUCACGUUGCGCACAGAACUACCCAUGGCAUCCACGGCGACACAGGGACAGCGAGGGGCACAGGGCGGCGGCGGCGAG